CCUUUCUUCCGCUCUCUGUGCUCGGUUUUCGAUUAGCCGCCUCGUAAGAAGAGAGACGCAAGAUGGCGGACAAGACGUCUGGUGGAUCGCAUAGAGCGGGAUCGAAGCAACCCCUUUUGGAAAGUAAACUAAAAGCUUUCAGUAUUGGGAAGAUGACCAGUGGAAAGAGAACCUUAAGUAAAAAGGAACAAGAGGAGCUCAAAAAGAAGGAGGAUGAAAAAGCGGCAGCAGAGAUUUACGAGGAAUUCCUUGCUGCCUUUGAAGGAGGUGAAACUGGCAAAGUGAAAACAUUUGUAAGAGGGGGAAUAGUUAACGCUACAAAAGAGGAGCAUGAAACGGAUGAAAAGCGAGGCAAACUGUAUAAACCAGCUUCACGGUUUUCAGAACCAAAAAAUCAACAGCCUGUUAUUGAGAGGUCCCCACCACCACCACCACCACCUCCUCCUGUUUUACUUUUGGAACCUAAAAAACCACCUCUGAAAAAAGGGGAGAAGGAAAAGAAAAAAAGCAAUUUGGAGCUUUUUAAGGAAGAACUUAAACAAAUACAAGAGGAAAGAGAUGAACGACACAAAACAAAAGGGAGAUUGAGCAGGUUUGAGCCUCCUCCCACCGAUCCAGAAGGUCAGAGGCGCACAUUGGACACUCCAUCCAGACGGAACAGAUCUUCUGCCCUUGAUGAUUAUGCUCCUGGGUCUCAUGAUGUUGGUGAUCCUAGCACAACUAAUUUAUAUCUUGGGAACAUUAAUCCUCAGAUGAACGAAGAAAUGCUUUGUCAUGAAUUUGGACGUUUUGGGCCAUUGGCCAGUGUAAAGAUUAUGUGGCCCCGAACAGAUGAAGAAAGAGCCAGAGAGAGAAACUGUGGCUUUGUAGCUUUCAUGAACAGGCGAGAUGCAGAAAGAGCUUUAAAAAAUCUGAAUGGGAAAAUGGUUAUGUCUUUUGAAAUGAAGCUGGGGUGGGGCAAAGCUGUACCUAUUCCUCCACACCCAAUAUAUAUUCCCCCGUCCAUGAUGGAACACACUCUACCACCCCCUCCUUCUGGCCUUCCUUUUAAUGCUCAGCCUAGAGAGAGAUUGAAGAAUCCUAACGCUCCUAUGUUAUCUCCUCCCCAAAAUAAGGAGGAAUUUGAGAAGACUCUGUCGCAAGCCAUAGUCAAAGUGGUUAUCCCAACAGAAAGGAAUUUACUCGCUCUGAUCCAUCGAAUGAUCGAGUUUGUGGUUCGUGAAGGGCCAAUGUUUGAAGCUAUGAUAAUGAACAGAGAGUUAAACAAUCCUAUGUUUAGGUAAAUAUUUUCUGUUUGAAAACCAAACACUGCUCAUGUGUACUAUCGAUGGAAACUUAACUCAAUAUUACAGGGUGAUUCUCCAACAAAAUGGCGGACUGAUGACUUCAGAAUGUUUAAGAAUGGCUCUUUCUGGAGGCCACCACCCUUGAAUCCAUAUCUUCAUGGAAUGGUUGAAGAGCAGGAGGCUGAGCCAUUUGUUGAAGACUCCAUCAAAAAGGGCUCCUUAAAGGAAGAGCAAAGAGAUAAAUUGGAGGAAGUCUUGCGAGGGUUAACACCAAGAAAAAAUGACAUUGGUGAAGCUAUGGUGUUCUGCCUUAACCAUGCUGAAGCAGCUGAAGAAAUUGUUGAUUGCAUAACAGAGUCCCUGUCCAUCUUGAAAACUCCACUUCCCAAAAAGAUUGCCAGAUUGUAUUUGGUGUCAGAUGUCUUAUAUAAUUCUUCAGCUAAAGUUGCCAAUGCUUCAUACUACAGAAAAUUUUUUGAAGCAAAGUUAUGCCAAAUAUUUGCUGAUCUAAAUGCUGCUCAUAGAGCUAUACAAGGGCACUUACAGUCAGAAAAUUUUAAGCAACGUGUUAUGGCCUGUUUCCGUGCUUGGGAAGAUUGGGCCAUAUAUCCUGAGCCUUUUUUAAUCAGACUUCAAAACAUUUUUCUUGGUCUUGUAAAUAUUGAUGAGAAGGAAACAAUUGAAGUAGCAGAUGAUUUGGAUGGUGCUCCAAUUGAGGAAGAAUUGGAUGGGGCCCCACUGGAUGAUGUAGAUGGAUUGCCAAUUGAUGACACUCCUAUUGAUGACAUUGAUGGAAUUCCAAUAAAAUCACUUGAAGAUGACUUGGAUGGAGUACCAUUGGAUAUUUCAGAAGACUCAAAGAAGAAUGAACCAAUCUUUAAAGUUGCACCUUCAAAAUGGGAAGCAGUGGAUGAAUCGGAGCUGGAAUCACAAGCUGUUACCACAUCAAAAUGGGAAUUAUUUGACCAACCCGAGGAGUCAGAAGAAGAGGAAAAUCCAAAUCAAGAAGACAGUGAUGAAGAAGAUGACACACAAAGCUCAAAGUCGGAGGACCAACACUACUAUUCAAACCCGAUGAGAGAUGAAAUGUCAGAUUCAAAAUCCAUGAAAUACUCUGAAAUGAGUGAAGAGAAACGUGCAAAACUUAGGGAAAUUGAGCUUAAAGUAAUGAAAUUUCAAGAUGAGAUUGAAUUGGGUAAGAGGCCAAAAAAAUCUGGACAGAGCAUUCAGGAGCAAGUUGAACACUACCGAGAUAAGCUGCUUCAAAGGGAGCGUGAGAGAGAGCUAGAGAGGGAAAGAGACAGAGAUAAAAAAGACAGGGAAAAGCUUGAUUAUCGGUCAAAAGACAAGAAGGAUAGAGAAGAGACAACCCCAACGAGAAAAGAAAGGAAAAGGCGACACAGCGGGUCUGUGAGCCCAUCACGCAGUAGCAGCGGCAGGAGAGGCAAAUCACCAUCACCAAAAUCAGAGCGGUCAGAGAGGUCUGAAAGAUCCCACAAAGACACUUCCCGAUCUAGGUCAUCACAUAAAGAUUCUCCCAGGGAUAUUAGUAAAAAGGCCAAAAGAUCACCAUCUGGUUCAAGGACGCCUAAAAGGUCGCGACGGUCGCGGUCAAGGUCACCAAAAAAGUCUGUGAAAAAGUCCAGGUCCCAGUCCAGAUCCCCUCACAGAUCACACAAGAAGUCAAAGAAAAGUAAACACUGACAGAACCCCUCCUUUUUUUUAUUUUUUAUUAAAGUGUCAUUUAUUGAAAAUACCCUUUUUCUUUUUUUGUGCCUGAACAAUCUAUUAAAUAAAGGAAAAGAGUUGAAGAGGGUUAAUAAAAAAAAAGGAAAAAAAAAACGGCAUUCCUACAUUUUUCUGUGAAUGCAUGUGUAUAUUUACUGAUAACUGCAUCUGUAGAACUGUCACUGUUUUAUAUUGUAAAAAAAAAAGAAAUGUCCACUGUGGCAAUGUAUGUGUCUCAAAUGAACCAUUUUGUGAUUGGAAUUUCAUCGCAGCUGUCUUUAUCUGAUCUGCUGGCUGUAAUGUUUUUUAUUUUCCCUUCCCCAAUAUGUUUUAGGAUGUUGUAUGAAACAAAAACUUACCAAUUGUCUGCUCUCAUUUUUGUAGACUUGAAAAUUUGUGUUUAGAUUUCAAAUAAAACCUGAACUGAUUAA